GCCAUGUGCUGACAUGAAAACUCUCCACCCUCCAAAUGUAAUCAUUAACAAAUGAAACGCUGGCAGGGAAACGCCAAAGUUGCCUCCUCUUCCUUGAAUGCUGUGGAGUUUCCAGGGAGCUUUUGAGCUGCAAGUUUGCACGGAGCCACCGAAACAAUUCGUGGUCGUCCAGGAGUUUAGUUCAGACGUGAUAACGCUGCAUCUUUGGAGAAAGAGAUCGUAGCUCAGCGGGGUUUGGACACUUUGUAGUUGCUGUAAAUGGAGUCAUCUCUUGAGUUUUCCAGCUCUCUGAGCAGUGUGUCCUCAUUGCUAACCCGCUGUCGGACAUUCAAAGUGCUGGUGAUCGGAGACUCCGGGGUGGGGAAGACUUGUCUCACACACCGACUGUGCGCCGGAGAGUUUCCCAGCAGACCGGAUGCCACCAUCGGCGUGGAUUUCCGAGAGAGACUGCUUGAUGUGGACGGAGAGAAAAUAAAGCUCCAGCUCUGGGACACGGCAGGACAGGAGCGUUUUCGUAAGUCCAUGGUGCAACACUACUAUCGUAACGUCCACGCCGUGCUCUUCAUUUAUGAUGUCACCUGCCCUGCCAGCUUCACUGGCCUCGCCGCCUGGUUAGAAGAGUGCCGGCAGAACUCCCUCGGUCAGGAAAUACCCAGGUUCCUGGUGGGGAAUAAGAGCGACCUCCGUGAUCCCAGCAGGACCGGCAGCCAAGUGAACCAAGAGCAGGCCAUGAGCUUUGCCAAAUCCCACGGCAUGAUGUUUUUUGAGACGUCUGCGAAGAAGCCGCCGAAGAAAUGCACAAAAGGAAGACGAGGUGAUGGGGAGGCGCUGUAUCAGCAGGACAAGGUGGAGGAUGUCGUCACCGCUGUUGCUGCCAAACUGAAGAGACAGAAGAAACCCUCAGUGACAAACACACUGACAUACUCGGGGUCAUUUAAAAUCGGGAACAAGAUAAAACCAGAGAAGGACCUGUGGAACUGCUGCUGAGAGAAAAGAGAAGGUUGUGACUUUUUAGCUGUUUAUAUGCGAGUUUAUGAGAAGGACCAUGUGCAGAUUGUUCAUUUUUGACCAAAGAUCAGGAAACGUUUACAUGUGAAAUACAAUCGUUUCCACACAGAACUUUGAUACUUGGGUGAGAUGAACUUCUUGGAAAUUUUCUGUGUAUUUGUCAUCUUAUUGUUUACAAUAGCUGCAAAAUAAAAUACUGUGAAUGUAAACCUUCAA